AUCGCUGUCGAGGCGAAUCCUAGAGUGAUGCUUAACGUUCGCUGGCUAAAAGAUGGCGAAUCCCUUACUGAAAUAGCGAUGAACUUUGAUAAGGAAGACUUUUCCAUAAAUGGAUCCUUACUGACCAUCAUCGGUGGCAAACAGAAACUAGAAGGAGAUUACCAGUGUGUUGCGCAAGUGUCUGGAGUUCGACUUUCCAAUCGACAAGUCGUGAAGACCACUCUGGUUUCCGACCCUCUAAAGCUUAGACGGGCACGCAUAACAAAGUUCGAUCAAACCACCAACCAUUACGUACACGUGAAGCAGGGCCAAGUAGCGCGACUUCCAUGUGCUGGGUUACCUGAUGUCGUCCCAGGACCUGCUGAGAUCUGUUUCAUAAAAAGCGAAAUGGAGUCGGAUGGAUGUCUGAGCGACAAAGUUGACUCUAUUUACCUUCCAACAUCAACCGGAAUGCAGAUUUCGGUUGUUCAACCUCACCAUGCUGGUGAAUAUUACUGCGUGGUCCGGAAUGAAUACACAAAACAAACACGAAAAAGCCCGCGUUAUGUCAAGUUAAGGGUCGAUAAGGCAGGAAACGGAACUUUUUUUGGUUCGCCUGAUCCUCCUCAAUUGUUGUUUCCUAGUAAAGAGAAUCGCCCUGAUAAUCCCAUCGUUGUAGACGUCGUCGUUGGUCAGGAUGUCAUACUUGAGUGCGUGUUUGUAGAUGCAAAAGUUAUUUGGAUAAAGGUCGGAGGCAUAACGCCACAGAUAUCGUUGACUGACGACGAAGCGAGGCUUAGACAAAUAUGGGGAAAUCUGAGGAUCCGUCAAGUCACUCAAGAAGACUCUGGAAUCUACUCAUGCCAUGGGCUGUCUCCUUUCGAUGACUCUCCUUCAUUGCAAGAAGACGACCACCCAAAGGUGUACUACACAUUGGUUGUUCAUGCUCCUACUGAUGUUCAUCUUGAAAUGAAUCAAAAUGUGCGCGAUAAGAGUUGGCAGUUAUCGUGCUUUGUGAAGAAUCUCCGUUAUGAAAUUCCUAUGGUUUAUGUUAACGGCACGACGUUGAUUGACGCCAUUGGUCAGAUGGGUGUGGCUUCAUCUACCAACUUUUACAGCAAUCCCGUCAACGCUACCAUCAGAAUUAGAAGCAACUACAGCGGAAGUGUUCAGUGUAUCUCACGGCCGGCUAUGGAUGAGGCAGAGGUCUAUGGUUCUGGUUUAGAGCGAGGUCGUUCGCAUAAUCUCUAUGUGGUUAGCAGUCCCAGUAGCGAUCAUUUAAUUAAACAGGGCCCAGUGAACGUCACUGCCUCUAUUGGUGAUGACGUUGAACUAAUUUGUCUCGUUAUCCAACGUGUUAACUCAAAAUACUGGUUAAAAGACGGGUCAUAUGUGCCAUUUGGUGCUGCUAGGACACAGCGAGUCGGUUCAAACAGUCUAAAAAUCCAUAAAGUGGAGAAGAGAGAUGAAGGAUGGUACACGUGUGUGGUGGUUGGCGAAGGAUCGGAAAAAAGUGAACAGCAAGCGUAUCUCAGUAUUACUGAGCGCGCAACAACACCAUUUUCCGCUUCGACGGAAUUUCACGUUAAUAAAAAGAAAAACGAUUUUGUUACCGUGGAGGAUGUUCGAGGCUUUGUGACGGGCCCGCAUGUCCGAAUUCAGUGGUCAGUUAUUGGAAAAAUGGAAGCAUUAACGUCAAUCGCAGGCUUCAAGAUUGAGCUUCAAACCGAAGGUGCUCUCAACGAUUCGUGGAUCGAAGCAGAUAGCGUGGAUAGUCAUGUACGCGCCACCACAAUCAAAGACCUUGUUCCAAACAAUCGGUAUCAAUUCCGCGUCAAAUUAGUGAAAGAUGAUGGUUCGUCAUUUCUGAGUAACUCUACUAGUUGGAUGACAGUGAAUUUGCCCGUAGGUGACACACUUCCUGUGGAAACUGAGCGUCAUGUUGGGGGAAAUGACACCGAAAUUAUUAUUGAUGGACUGCAAGCAAACGAAACUUACGAAUUCUCUGUUACUGCAGAAAAUCACGCUGGGAAAGGUCCAUCCAGUCCAAGGGUCACUGUCAAUAUGACAACUGCUAAUGGCAAAUUUCUGGACACCUCAUAUCGAAUAUUUAACGAACAGAAGGUGCAUAAAUCUCGGAUAGUUGAUGACACUGUGGAUCUAUACGGCAUUGAUUUAAUGGAUGAACGCUCUCCUCUUAAAGCUAAGCAAGACGAGAACUUUUCAACUACUAGGAAAAAAUUUCAUUUCUCUGGUGUUCUCCCAAAUUUGUACGGCACGGAGGAUAACGCACUGAACAAUGAUUGCGAGGAUCCCACAUAUGAUCCAACUUGUGUGAUCACUGGACUGAUGGCAGCGAUCAAGGAGCCCGAUACGGUGAUAUUUCACGGAACAGUCAAGUAUCAUCAACUGACGUUCAACCAAAAGUACAAAUGCAAACAUUUAAGUCAUCCUAUACGACAUUUCUCACCUCUGAUCCAUGUGGCCGAAGAGGUGAUGCUGUAG